AUGGACAUCAGGAAAGACAAGGUCUUGCAUGACUUGACGUCUUCCCGUGGGUUCUGUCUAGCCUUGCUCCGGUUGCUUCGAGUGCAGCCCAAUGGAAUGAUAUGGGGCGGCAACCCUUGUGCUAGUUGGGUUUGGAUAAGUGCAUCUACGACGAAGCGACGCAGCCGCGAACAUGGCAUUUUCGGAGAUGAAGGGCUGGAAGGGGUGCGGGUUGCUAAUUGUUUAGCAGCCCGCUUUGCUCUAUUGGCCAUGGUGGCCAUUGUUAAUGGUGUUUGGUGGUCUGUAGAACAGCCAUCUUCAAGCUGUCUUCCCAAGUGCCCCUACGUGGCCCACGUCAUGACCAACAUGGCACCUACGUGGUACUUGCGAACGUGGAUGGGGGCAUUUAACCACUUCUGUAGUAAACCUACAGCAUUGUUUGGAUCAUGGCCAUUGCUUGAAGAACUUAAAUGCCGGCUUUCACAAGCAGAACAAAAGUCAUUGAGGGAGUCAUCGGCUGGCAUGUAUACCAAGAAGAGAUUACCGGAUGGACGGGUGAGGGUUACUGGAGGAAAAAGGCUGAAAGAAAGUGGAGCUUACACACCGGAGUUUGGAAAGCGCGUCGCUCAACUAUUUAAAAAGGGCGCAGUUUCAGCAUCGCACCUUGCUGCACAGCGACAACGAUCUCUGUGGAAACUAGAAGGCCCUAAGGGCUUUGAGCAGCCCUUGGAUUGGAAACAUGCUGACUUACCAGCUCUUCGGCAGUUCCUUUUGGAGGAGAUUGCAGCCAACAGGGUCGAUUGGACACACCUGGCGGGACCCUUGUGGGACCUGGUGGGGCCUAGUGGGGGCUCUGGGUGGGCUAGGGAGCAGAGCGUGACGCCGCGUGACGCCGCGUGA